AUGUCGUCUGUUCGGCCUCCCAAGCGGCCGAAGCUCCAGCACCCGGGCUCAAGAUCGAAUCCCAUCUCCAUCGACGACGACGAAUCCAGUUCUGAAGCCGAUGACCUUCGCUCGCCCAGCCCAUCAGACUCGCUUCAGCAUUUUCUGUCCGUCCUGGACAACCUUAACCGCCGCGAGCACCUAGCGACGAUUAUGGGCCAGGUGAGACUCGCCACGAGCCAACGAGAUGUCGUCAGAACCCUGGAGAACCAGUCCCAUUUCACGGCUCUUCAGCCAAAUUUCGAGCGCGAAAAGGACUUGUCGAAGACGGCCAGUGCUGGUGGCGAAGAGCACGAUACAAACUUGCAAGGAGAAAAUGCUUCCCGCAAACAAAGUGCCAGCUCGCUGUAUGAGGAAGACCAUGGUCGUCAAGACAACCUACUGGACAUCGAGGAUACCGCUCCCGAGCACAUCGAGUGGUUGCUGCUUUCUGGUGGCAGUAUCUCUGUGCAUACCCGCCCGCUAUCCAAAGCCCUGAGUCGGUGGGUCAAUGCUCUGAACGAACUCCAUAUGUUGUGGAUAGCAUUGUGGGAUGUGUACGACGCCAUGACAAAGCCGGGCCCAAGUUCAUUGCCGGCCAAAGCGAGAAGGAGGUGGGGCACAGGACACAAUUCGUCGAUGUGGGACGACCUGGUGAGAAUUGAAGCCGAUGUGCAGGAUGCACGGAGACAGGUAGAAGAGAUUGGAGGUGCAAUAUGCGAGGAAGCGGGCGCCGAUGCAUAA